CCGUGCUGUUUGGGGUUAUUUUCCGCUUUUCCACGCGCUUGCGCACACUCCCCCAUAAGUGGCGCUCAUCGCGGGUGAGUUUCCCGUGCUGUCAAAAUUUUCCUCACUGGCGUAGGAAAACAUUCCGGCGUUCAUCCCCUCGUCCCCCGAAACCCGUCCUUUUUUGCCCGUUUCGUUAAUAAUCCCUCUACAGUGGAGGUCACCCCCUAGACUUUAAUCACUCGUUCGGUUGACAGCUCACUGGUUCCAAGUCUAAAUCGGGUUGCAAUUUUGGGAAGUGAAGCGUGUGGUUGGACAAUAUUUGAUUUUAUACUGCCGUUGCUGUUACUGGUUGUUAAUGGCAACCACAUCCAAGCGCGUUGAUUGGCGUUAAUAGACGCUAAUUGUUUGUGCGCUAAGCGGGGGUGAUUACGAGCGAACAGAACGGAACGAAACGGGUCGUUGUGCAAUUGAUUCGCGUAUUGGUAUUGUGGGACCGUCGCCAGAUUGACAUAUGUGCGACGGAAGAUAUACCGCAAACCAGUGAGCCAGUGCCGUAAGAAUAGCUCACUGCGGUCUUACCUCCAAGCGUGUAGCGUCACUAGACGACAUAUUGCGACGUAGAUAAGCAGUGUAAGGGAAGCAAAUCUGUUAAUGAAAAUUCGGUAUCCGAAAACUGUGCCAUCCGAGCUGUGAGUGUGGUGGAGUGAAGGAAAAAAUACUUUCCUCACUUUCGUCGCUUAGUGUGAGAUAGAAUUGUUACGUAUUGCUGACGGCGGUCAAAAGUGUGAGAGUGCUUGUGUGAAGACCAACCAAAAAAAUGAAUCACCUGCAAAUAUCUACCGAUCCGACCCUACUCGGGGCGGAUCUGUUACCGGAGUCAUUAACAACCUCACCCUCGGUAUCGACGUUUCUGCCGGAGGAGGACGCUUCGACGUGUUUACUACUCCCGGAGACACCGAGUCCACCGUUGGAUUUUUCCCACCCACUAACGCCAAGUAUGGGCAACGCAACGGAUAACCAUGUCCGAGAUUCCGUGACGGGGGAUGAUGAUCAGGCCGCAGAAACGAGUAGUUCUUCCGGAAGCUCGGGCAUCGGUAUGGUUGCACCGGUUGGUGCUGGUGCGGCCAAUCUGUUUAGUCACAAUACUUAUCAGCAUCUGCGCAAGAAGAGUGAUGUCGUAAAGGCGGGACAGGACGGUUCCAUGCACCAUGCGGCGAGCUUGGGUAUUGCCGUGACGAAGGAUAUGCCCAGCUUUGUGCACUGGAACUGGCCCCUGAUACGCAAGUGUACCUUCUUUGUGUUUCUUGCACUGAUUGUUGCGAUGAUCGGAAUCGUCAUUGCCAUGAUCGCUACCCUGCCCAAAUCUUGCAAUCCUCCUGCGACAUGGUACAAGGGAUCCGUAUUCUACGAAGUGUUUCCCGCCAGUUUUCAGGAUACAAACGACGACGGACUUGGGGACAUUCGUGGUUUGAUUGGACGUGCGGAGUACUUUAAAACGCUCGGAAUUGCAGCAGUUCGGUUGAACUCGAUCUUCCCCUCCAAGCACUAUCCGGAUCACUUUCAGGAGGUUACUUCGCUGCUGGAUGUGGACGAAGUUCUCGGGAAGGUGGAGGACAUACAGAAGCUUGCGGCCACCCUGCACGAACGCAACAUAUCGCUAGUGCUGGAUCUCCCAAUACAUCCCUUCCUGGAGCACCUUAGUCCACCGACGAUCGAUGUCGAUCGCUUACCGAACCGUACCGAUGGCGAUAUGAUAACGAGUGAAUUCUUACGACUGUCACGAUCGGUGGCGACCAAAGGCGACGGUACGAUCAUCUCGGACGUGCUUCGCUUCUGGCUAACUCGAACCGGUGUGGAUGGGUUCUACGUUAAGGGGUUGGAACACUUUGCCGAUGAUCCACUUUUGGUGGAGAACGUAAAGGAGUGGAAGUAUCUACUUGGCCCUGAUCGUAUAUUAAUGGUGGGCCAGAAGUUUGUGCAACAACUACCGGAACGUAUCGUGCGCGAUGUGCUCUCCCAGGUGGAUUUGGUCGACGUGUAUCUGGAUGUGAGUAAUGGUACGGAUGGGAUUGCAUCCACGGUUCAGGAUGCCAUCCAGGGUCGUCUGUUGCGUGGUGUCGACCAUCCGUGGAUACACUGGAGCCUUGGAAGUGUGUCGGAGCGAAGACUCACGUCUGGCUUAAGUCCGAAUGCGACCCUUGCGGCAACACUGAUGGAACUUACGCUUCCCGGUACGCCCAGCAUCUUCUACGGGGAUGAGAUAUCGCUCGAGGAAGCGAACGAUCCGAAGGGUGAACAUGUUGACACGCAACAUCUGCAUCAUCUGGCCACGAUGGUUUGGGACAGUGCUCAGAAUCAAUUCACAAGCCGUGGUUCGCUACCGUGGUUGCCACGCAGCGCUUCCGCCUCGCUGCACCAUCUGGACUAUGUGAUUGAAGCGAUCGCCCUUCGCAAACGAUCACCCUCGAUCUAUCUGAAUGCGGUCGUCAAGGAGGAAAAGACGCUACCGAACACCGACAUAAAGUCGAACCAGAACGAAAUUCUCGUCAUACAACGAUGGUACCCACGGCGAAACUCUUUUGCGACGAUUGCCAACAUGGGUCAGAAGCGGGUAUCGCUCGAUUUGACGGCUAUGUUUUACAGUGGAGAAAUCAUUGCCGGAUCUUCGCUCAAGCACGAACGUGUCUAUUUUGAUCGUUUCGAAAUAAACCCACUGGAGACGAUAGUGGUAAAGUUGCACAAAUAAAAUGGCCAACUGGAAAACGUAAUGCAAAUGGCAGGGUUUGUACAUCGUAACGAUCUACGAAUGGUAGACUAAUACGCUUAUGUAUACUUCACAGAUCCCUCCGCUGCUCGACUGUGAGCUGCUUCUUGGUCCCUUCAGUGUUAUAAAAUGGUUACUAAAGCAACCGUCAUCACUCCCACCUUCCAUCCUUCCUUUGCCCCGUACGCGAACUUAUAGUGUCGCCCUUAUAGUGUCAUCAAUACGCCGGAACCUAGUUAUACAAUGAAAGAGUGCGCAUCCGAUGUUGAAUUGUAUUGUUUCAUUAGAUCUCUAGAUUUUAUUUUCAUUUGCUGGUUGCCUAUCUAAACAUAAAAAUAUUAUUAAUAAUUAAUAUUAUAAAUGGAUGUUUGUUAAUAAAAAAACAAACAAAUAGUUUGACAUUAAAACAAAAGCCUACCCUCUUACACCGCAAAACGAACCCACACACACAAUCGAUCUUGUUUCGCGAUCGUUUUUUUCGCUGCAAAAUUGUGCAUUUUUGUGUGUGUUUUAGAUGGUGCAUCAUCUACAUAUACAUUUCACAAUCUCAAUAUCCGAACAUCCCUAACACAUAAAGUAACUAGCUAACGCCCUAUAAACAAAACCUGCCUUUUAGGAAUGGAUGAAGAAGCUAACCGAACCGGUAAGAGAGAGUUGCCCGUUUGCUUGCCUAAACCUAAACGCACCACCCCGGGGCCCUGGGAACGUUCCCAAACCUAGGUGUUGCAAAAAAAAAAAACGAUUAAAUAGCUAUUAAAACCUAUCAGUAGUACCGCUA